AUGAAGUGGAAUAUUCUUGCUUUGUUCUUCCUUUUCGCCUACAUGUCGGCGGCAAAGACAAUCGCGUGUAAUGAAACAUCUCAGUGUCCCGAAGAUGCACCUUGUUGCUCCCAGUAUGGUGAAUGUGGAACUGGAGCAUAUUGUUUGGGAGGAUGUGAUAUCAGGUUUUCGUACAACUUGUCGGCUUGUAUGCCUAUGCCCAGAAUGGACAGUUUCAACACUACUUUCAAGUCAACUAAACAAGUGGAGAUCCUGACCAAGUACUUGGGUAAAUCCAGUGACAGUGAUUGGGUGUAUACCGGUUACUUAGAUACCCAUGAUGAUGCCUUAUUACUUCAAAUGCCUAACCAGUCCACUGGUACUGUGGUUUCGUCCACCAAAUAUCUCUGGUAUGGUCGUGUAGGAGCAACGAUGAAGACAUCUCGUGGACGAGGAGUUAUCACAGCUUUCAUUUUGUUUUCUGACGUGAAGGACGAAAUUGAUUAUGAAUUUGUGGGUUACAACUUGACGGCUCCUCAAACGAAUUACUAUUAUCAGGGUGUGUUGAAUUAUACCAACGCCAAGAACUCGUCAACCUCAAAUACCUUCAGCAACUGGCAUAAUUAUGAAUUGGAUUGGCAAGAAGAUAAAAUGGACUGGUAUGUUGAUGGUGAAAAGGUCCGUACUUUAAAGAAAGAGGACACUUACAAUUCCACCACAAAGCAGUACAUGUACCCUCAAACACCAUCUCGUAUUCAAUUCUCAUUGUGGCCUGGUGGUGCUGCUUCCAAUGGUAUUGGUACCAUUGAGUGGGCUGGUGGUGACGUUGACUGGGACUCUGAUGACAUCAAGAAGUAUGGAUACUACUAUGUUUAUGUCAAAAACGUCACAGUGGAGGCAUAUGAUUUACCUGAUGAUGUCAAGCUCGUUGGAGGUGAUGAUGCCGACAAGUUGGACUCGUUCAUGUACAACAGUACUGAUGGUAAUCAAGACAACGUGAUUCUCACGAACAAGAAGACAUGGCUAGGAAGUGACGAGGCUGUUGGAUGGGCUCCCGAUAACGAAGAUGAUGAUGAUGAUGAAGAAAGUAGUAGUGUUUCGGGAUCUGCAUCCACCACUUCCAAGAAAAAGACAUCCACCACAGAUGUUUCAGCUAAUGUUCCAACACGCACCACCACCGGCGGAGGUAAUGGUAAUGGCGAUGGAUCUGCGGCCACUACCGCUGACUAUAAUCCAUCAGCCGGUAUCGGAGGAUUUGUUCAAAAUUCCAAGGAGACCUCCUCCACCACUGGAAACAAAUCGUCGUCUGGUGGUAGUAAAACGUUUAUCGAGGGGGUCAUGACAUUUAUUGGUGCUCUCGGAUUGACAUUUGUUUUUUAA